UUUUCAUUGUCUAUCUUAGAAGUGUUUUACAGUAUAACAAGUUCCUUAGUAAACUAUGCAGAAAUCAACUAUUUGUAUUAUAGUUUUUAUUAUUAUGAAACUAUCAUUGGUCACACAGGGUGGACCAUUUCCAGAAAUGACGAAACGGAGAACUGUAGUUAUGGUAAGACAUGGGAUGAGCCAGUGGUCUGAAAAAAACGUCUUCUGUGGAUGGUACGAUUCGGAGUUGUCCGAACGAGGAUUGGACGAAGCUCACGAAUGCGGUCGUUUGAUGAAAUCCGCAGGCUAUUAUUUCGACAUUGUGUUCACAUCUCUGUUAACUAGAGCUCACCAAACAUUAGACGUGGUCGCCAAAUACUUAGGACAGCCCGAUGUGCAAGUAAUAGAAACAUGGAGACUGAACGAACGGCACUAUGGCGCUUUGACCGGAUACGUCAAAGGUUAUCUGGUCGACAUAUACGGGGAAAAACAGGUGCAAAUAUGGAGACGGAGUUUCGAUGUGAAGCCACCAGCGAUGGGUUCUGACCACAAGUAUUACGAUGCGGCCAUGAACAACCCGAAACUCAAGAAGUACGCCAACGAGCAUAACGUUAAGUUCCCUGUGACUGAAUCGCUCAAAGAGACCAUGAAGAGAGUGAUACCGUUUUGGGAGCAGAUGAUUGCGCCUGCAGUGCGACAGGGACAACGGGUAUUGAUCGUUGCUCACGGUACGGUGUUGCGAAGCCUCGUCAAGUAUUUAGAAGGCAUAUCAAACGACGACAUUUGCUCAAUAAACAUUCCAUCAGGUAUUCCAUUCUUCUACAAGUUUGACGAGUACAUGCAGGUGGUGUCGACCAAGGAAUUUCUGGGAGAUCCAAAGCGAGUACAAGAAGGUAUUGCCAGAGCCGCAUCAAGCGGUACCAUAAUACAACAUUGAAAAACUGUCAUUUUUUAUGUACUCUUAAUGUUCGGACUGUAUUCGGAUGUACUAAGCGUUUAAAAUAAAUGACUAUUUUGUGUGUUAUUUUGUGUCUUGGCUCUUCCUAUUUGUCCCACCUCUUUCUUAACCCCCUCCCCUCAUUAUUUCUCCAACA